CGCCAACCGUCGGUAUUUGAAUCCGCGGCGGGCGAACGGGCUCCCGGAUUCCGCGCCUCCCGCUCCCUCGGUUUCGUGUGGCCGCCAGCAGAAUGAGUCUGCAGAUCUACAAUGAUGAAAACGUCACUGGUGACAAAAGUGCAGAGAACUGUGAGUUCCUGUUUUCACCGCCGGAACUUACCGGAAGACUAUCUGUUCUUCGUCUGUCACAGAAAGAAAAUGUGCCACCCAAGAGCGUACUCAAAGCUAUGAAAGUGACUUUCCAGACUCCUUUGCGGGACCCACAGACACACCGGAUAUUGAGUCCUAGCAUGAGCAGCAAGCUCGAGGCUCCUUUUGCUCUGGAGGAUACUGUUGGCUUAGAAAGUUCUCCUCAAAACCAGACCCAGAAAGAGAACCAACAGUUCGCCAAGGAAGUGGACACCAAAAUGACCAAUGGAAUUCUCCACAAACCAAUGAUGGCCAAUGCCAUCCCCACUCCAGCAGAUGUGAGAGCAACCCCUGAAGAUUGGCAGCAUUCCAGUGGGCCCACCUCAGCUCACCUGGCCAGUCUGGAUCCCUCAAGCUCUCCCCAGAUGCUAAAACGUCUUGAAAAUCAAGUGGCUUCUCUAGAACAAAUGACUGUGAGCCCCGAGCAAGCCUUGGAGGAAAGUGUUCAUUCUUAUUUCUCAGAAAAGAGUAUUCCCUCCACCUUGGAAAUCACAGAAGACCCUUCCCAGAUGGCUACCCCAGACCAAACAGAAGACCCUCCCGAAGCCACCAGAGAAAGCCCAAACUGGGUGGCUGCUUUGUCCCCUAUGACUCACCCUGCAGGAGCAGGUGGAGAAGGGUCCCCUGUAGACCUGCCUGGUGAGGCCCCGGCCGGCCCUGAAGAGCCCUCAGGUCCUGGAGAUGCCACGCUGGCCAGCCAUCUGAAGGCUGGAGGGGCCACAGCCCCAAGUCCUCAGAAGAAAGAAGCUGAUGGCCAGAGAGCCACCUCAUGGAAUGGCAGGCCCAUAGAGCUAGAAUUUGAUUUAUCUGACAAUGCUACCAGCAAAACAUUGCCUGCACUGAGGGAAUUGGGGACGAGACCUAGCCCUAAACCUUCCCCUAGGAUGUCAGAGCCACGGCAAGAAAAGGCCCCUGAGGAGGCCAGUGAGGGGCCCCUUCCCCUGCCCCGGAGGUCUUACAGCCUGGACUGGAACAAGCUGGAUGACCCAAACUUUAACCCAUUUGAAGGAGGAGAGGCCCAGCCCUCAGAAUGCCCACAGAGCAGGCCAGCCGGGCCUGUGGCCAAGGAGGUGUCUGCUAGUCCCGAGGCCACGGGGCCCUCCUCUCCGAGCCUGCAGGUGCCUUCAUUCUCCUUGGAUGACACGCCUGGGGUGCAGACCGCAGCCAGGACCCCAGGUGCAGCAGGCAAGGAGGGAGCUGCGGACCCUGCAGGUGCACCAACCUCCAGGGGUGGCCUGGGCGGUGAGCCAGCACCCCCCACUCCACAGGACCUGGAGCCCACCGCAGAGCUGGCUGAGGAGCAGUUCCGAGACCCCACUGAGGUUCUAGGCUCGGGAGCUGAGGUGGAUUAUCUGGAGCAGUUUGGGGGUUCCUCGUUUAAGGAGUCAGCCCUAAGAAAACAGUCUUUGUACCUCAAGUUUGACCCGCUCCUAAAGGAUAGCCCUCAGAGACCAGGGCCUGUAGCCCCAGAGACCAGCAGUGCACAGGAUGUGGCCGUGCCUUCCUCAGGAAACUUGCCAGAGGCAAAGCUCGUGGAACUUGACUUCCUGGGACCCCCAGGUGCUCCCAUGCUGGAUCCCCCUCCCUGUGUCUUUGGGCCUGGGGGGCCACCGCUGUCCAUGGGCUCCAUCGUGGACGUGUUGCAGUACAGCCAGAAGGACCUGGAUGCAGCGGUGGAGACCACACGCGAGGAGAACGUGCUGCUGAGGAGCCAGUGUGAGACGCUGCGCGCCAGGAAUCUGGAGAUGGGGAAGAUCAUGGAUGGCUUUGAGGGAAUCGUGUACCAGGCAAUGGAGGAGGCUCAGAAGCAGAAGGAACUUGCAAAAGCAGAGAUCCAGAAGAUCCUAAAGGAAAAAGAGCAGCUGACUGCAGACCUGAGCUCCAUGGAAAAGUCUUUCUCUGACCUCUUCAAACGGUUUGAGAAACAGAAAGAGGUGAUCGAGGGUUACCGCAAGAAACCCUUGAUGGUAGGCCAUCCACACCUGUCCAAAAAGCGAGGCCUGGCGGGCUCCAACAGAGGACAUACCGCACAGUUCACAUCUGCAUGUUCUCUAAAGAAUGAAGAGUCGCUGAAGAAGUGUGUGGAGGGUUACAUUGCGAGGAUAGAGAAGGAGGGCCAGCGGUACCAGGCCCUGAAGGCCCAUGCGGAGGAGAAGCUCCAACUGGCUAGCGAGGAGAUUGCCCAGGUGCGCAGCAAGGCCCAAGCAGAGUCCUUGGCCUUCCAGGCCAGCCUGAGGAAGGAGCAGAUGCGCAUCCACUCGCUGGAGAAGACAGUGGAGCAAAAGACUAAGGAAAAUGAGGAACUGACCCGGAUCUGUGAUGACCUCAUCUCCAAGAUGGAGAAGAUCUGACAUACCCCGCCCCAUCUGUCUGUCUGUGUGUGUGUGUGUGUGUGUGUGUGUGUGUGUGUGCACGCGCACGCAUGCCUGUCUGUCUAUGGAAGUUUUCCUGUUCUUCUCUCUUGAUCUCUCGUUUUUAAACUAGACUGCUUUAAAAAGAAGAGUAAAUAAAGAUUGCCUUUGGUUCAAGUGUU